AUGAUUAACACAAUCCUAGCCGACUCCGAAGAGUCCGGACUGACCAACAAAGAAAAGAAGAGGAAGAUCAAACAGGCUACUAUGAUCUCCCAAGACUUAACUAGCCUCACAUUGGCAGAAGACGAUCCCGUGAUCGGCUUCCAAAAGAAAGACUUAAUCGGCCUUGAUCUACCACACAAUGACGCCCUUGUCAUCAGCAUUCAAAUCGCUCAGGCCUUGGUCGACCGAAUCCAUACAGAUGAGGGAAGUGUAGCCAACAUCCUACAAUUGGCAGUCAUCCCACAGAUGGGCUUAGAGACAAAGAUCAAUAAAUCAGCUAAGUCGCUGACUUGUUUCAAUGACGCAACAACGGUUACCGUGGGCACAAUAGAGCUCGACGUCUACGCCCCACCAGUAAUCAGCUCGCAAACGUUCAUGGUCAUUGAUGAAGUCUCACCCUACAAUGGCAUUCUAGGCAGACUAUGGAUCGGCAAGAUCAAAGCCAUCACCUCUGCCAUACAUCAGAAGAUCUGCUACUCAAUCCCUGGGGGCGGUAUCGGCCAGAUCAACAGCGAUCAGGUAAUGACGAGAAAAUGCUCAGCUCAAGGGCUGAAGAAAGGCAAGCAAACACAGUUCCUCCCUAUGAAUCAGGCAGAUCUAAAAGGAGUAGAACAAGCAGAGGAGAAAGCAGAUCCCGUUCCUGACGGCCGAGCAGACCAGAAAGGAAAGGAAAUAGCUACUCCCCAAUAG